CCUACAUUUUAUUGACAUAAUUCAUUUCAGACACACUAUCUUAUUUGCAGAAGAAUUCUUCUGUUUGCCAUUUCUAGACUUUUGUGGAUAUAAGCACUGUAGCCUAUAACUUCAUAUAAAGUCUGCAGAAAACUGCCUGGCGUUUGAACCUGCUCUCUGUCAGAACUCAGAACACUGAAUGGACAAUCUGCAUCGUGUUCCUUGAAAUUGUCGAUGUCCCUUUAAGGACUGGGGCCAUAUUGUACUAUACAGCAAAAGAUCUCUCAUCAGUUUUUUUUCAGGAAGUGGAAGUAGAAUGAAAACCAACAAGCAAAUUAUUUUUGCCAACACAUUUCUUCUGCAUUUUUGGUGUCUUGUGAGCAUCACAGGUACACCAGCAAAUUAAAGAAGAUUUUUCUUUUGAGGAUGUUUGCCUUGGUGUGGUUCUGAAAGAACAAAACAUGUUAAAGGUCCAGAGGGUGCACAGAAAAUAUCCAUUGAUUGCAGACAAAGAAGAAAAAAAAUAUCAAUGAAAAGAGGAUUAUGAAUUGUGAGACUGUUGUCCAUUGACCUAGUUCCACUGUGUGGUCGCACUUCCACUUAAUCUGCAACUAAAAGAUUAAUGUGUAAUACUGAUGGCAACGAAUGCUGAAAUUAUAUCAAAAAUGGGGGCUGUUUUAGACACCAGUGAAGAUACGAACGCUACCAACUGCACCCUAGAUCACAGCAUGCACACACUAUUGUUUCCAGCCGUAUACAUUGCGGUCUUUGCCAUUGGCUUGCCAUCCAAUCUCUUCGUAUUAUAUUAUGGUUUCACUCAGAUAAAGGCAAAAAAUGUGGUUGGCGUUUAUUUGUGCAACCUAACACUGUCUGAUGUGCUUUAUAUCCUUUCUCUUCCCUUUUGGACGCAGUAUCUUUUACAAGAUGACAACUGGACUUACAAUGAAUUGCUCUGUAAAAUAUGUGGAUGUUUACUGUAUGAAAACAUAUAUAUCACUACUGCAUUCCUGUGCUGCAUCGCCAUAGACCGGUACCUAGCAGUCGUUCACCCUUUGCAUUUUUACCACCUCAGAACAAUUAAAGCAGCUGUAAUAAUAAGCAUUCUAGUCUGGCUGAAAGAACUGGUUGUAGUUAUUGUUUUGUCAAUGCAUAAUGAAAUUAUUAACGACAAAAAUAAUUCUAAGAUAUGUUUUGAACGUUACCCAUUAGCAUCGUGGCAAUACAACAUAAACAUGUAUCGUGUUUUUGUUGGAUUUCUUCUUCCACUUGUUUUGCUGACAUUUUCCUACUCUAAAAUACUAUAUACUAUCAAAAAAAGUACUGGCGCUCAACAGAAUCAGAAAGAAAAAAUAAGUCGACUAGUAUUCUGUACAGUUUUCAUUUUUGUGUUCUUUUUUUCGCCGUACCAUAUUGUACUGCUGAUUCGAAGCAUACUUGAAAAAGACUGCCCUUUUGCAGAAAAAAUAUUUAAGUAUUAUCAUUUAUUAUUAUUGGUGACUAGUUUGAACUGUGUGGCUGAUCCGUUUCUGUAUUGCUUUGCAAGUGAAAGCACUCGUAACGAUCUUGUGAGACUAAAGAAUUCAUUUUUGAAGCUCUUUGCUUGCCAAAAGAAGAAGACUUUGGAUUCUUCCCAAACAAACAGACAGGGUGUGAACACUUCUGAAACUGCAUCAAUGGAAGUUCUUGGUUAGUGUUAAGAACAUGUUUCUGGCUCCAACGGCAAGAACAAAUUGCCUUGUUUAUAUUUUUAAACAGUAAAAUGUUAACAACUCCAAAGGAAUAUUUGUACCAUUGAUCACAUCUGUGGCAAUAACUGCAAACAUCAAUUAAUUUGAACAGUGUUUCCAGACAUCUACAAGUAUGCAUUGAAAUAUUCAUUUUCUAUAUAACACCAGUGAUAAAUUAAUCAUUAUCAAAUAUUUCUGUUUUAUAGUAAGAAAAUAAUACAUAAUAUUUGAGUAAAGGGGAACUUA